GUUGCAACAAAAACGAUAUUUUUCUGUUUAAAUGCUAUAAUUGAUUGAUAUAAUUAUUGAGAUCAAGUCUCAAAUAAAGUUGUUGUCGAGUAAUGAGUGUUGGUAAAAAAUAGAUUUAUUAUCCUGAUUGCCGCCGAACGCCAUUGCGCGACCGUGUUUUGAUCUCGAAAAAAAUGGCGGAGCUCUAAACCUCCUUGGAGCGGUCUUAGAUAUGUGAAAUAUCUGUAGAACGUAUCUUAAUUUGUGAUAGAUAUUGCACAAAAGUUCAAUAAAUUACAUCUUGUGUAUCUUUCAUGUUAUCUCAAGAUCAUCAUGUUCAUUCAACUACUUACAACAACGUGUUGAAGUAAAGUUUUUCCAGUAGUGAAUUUCCCCCCUGGUGUGAACUUUUCUAAAUCGCUAAAUAUUUUUUAGUGAUAUAAAACAUUAAAACGUAUUCUUAAGAAUCGUACUAGCAAUUAAUCAAGGUGAUACUAUUGGAAAUAGACAGAAGAAACACGUUCAUUGAAUCAUCUUUAUAACAUCAAUUGUUUAGUUUGUGCAUCAGCAAUCUUUGAGCAUUAGGUUAGUUUCUGAAUAGAUUUAGGAGUUAGUGAUAUUUUAUGAUGAGCCUAAAAUUCAUGUCGUGUUCUUUCACGUUCACGAUUGACGGUAUUAUAUAUAUUACCUCUUAAAUAUUGUGAAAAUUAGUGGACAAUGGCGUCCACUGACUUUGAUGUUGAAUACUUUGAAAAAAGACUCCAAACACUUAAAGAUUCUCAGGAUUCUAUUCAAAGUCUUUCAUCUUGGUGUUUGGAACGACGACAACAUCAUAAAAAAAUAGUAGCUUCAUGGUUACAAGUUUUAAAAAAAGUCAAAGUAGAGCAUAGACUCACUCUAUUUUACUUGGCCAAUGAUGUUAUUCAGUAUUCCAAAAGAAAAAACUAUGAGUUUGUUGAAUCUUGGGGGACUACGCUUCAAAGGGCAACAACAAUGGUCAGAGAUGAAAAAGUUAAGCAUAGAAUCCUUAGGAUCUUCAAAAUAUGGGAUCAAAGACAAGUCUAUGAUGAGGAGUUUCUCGCAGAUUUAUCAGGACUUAUUUCAGCAGCGCCUAAAAAAAAAUCUGAACCUCAACCUAUCAGUGUUCCAGAAGAAUUCCAGGCUCCUCUUUUGAUCUCAACAAUGCGUUCUUGUGCUACGUUGGAACAAGCCACAGAUGCUCGAUUACGCGAUUUACGAGAGAGUAAUAUUGAUAUUGACAAUGCAGAAGAACUAUGUACGUCUCUUAAAGAUAGAAGACGUGUAGAAGAUGCGGAAAAAGAGGUAGAAGCUGCUGUAAGGAAUGUAGAAAAUUAUGUUCGAGCUCUUGAAGCUGAGAUUCGAGAAAGAACGCAGGUAUUGGAUUUACUUGAACAAGCAGAUCAAUUUUAUGAGACUCAACGGGGAGAAGUUAAGAUAGUCGCUAAUGCUUAUCGUAACUUUGGCAGUCGAGUGAAGAAUUUAAAAAAGAAGUUAGAUGAAUUAUUACCUACUUUGACAUCACCAAUUCCAUCACCGGAUAUUAAUGCCCCUUCACCAAGUCCUGAUAGUGAUAUUGAACUUCCUGGAGAGGACCACAAUCAGCAAAGUGUUCCACCGAUGGGCCUAUAUGGUUCUUAUGGUCAAGAAUAUGACGCUGUACCGGUACCCGGAGCAGACAUUUCUCAAGGAAAUAGUUCCACAGAUUUUACGAGUAAUUUUUCAUCAUUUAUGGGCGGAAACGUUGAUUUUGACAUGAGAAAUAUUUUCAAUGACCGAUCAAUGACUCCGACAGGCAGUAAUCAUUCAUACAAUACACCGUCAGAGGCAAUGCCAAUUGAGGUUAUAAACAUGCGACCUUCGAAAGGGGACGUAAAAGAUUUUUCUGCUGCGAAUUUUCUAAAGUCAGUUCUUCCAACUGCCGAAGGUGCUCCGAAUUCUAGUGGAAUUCCGGGUUUAGGUUUAGAUGUGCCUGAACCUCGAACUGAGUCUCCACAACGUCCAGAUUAUGGACAUUUACUUGCAGGACAACUUAAUCCUGUUUCAGCAGGAUCAAGAAUAUUGAAUAUGCAAAAUACAUUGGGAAAUCAUCAGAUGUGUAGGAGUUUAGCAAACGAGUCUCACACAUCAUCACCGUACUCAAGUCAAGGAAGCCAAAGUAACAUCCCAUUUGACACAUCAACUGCAGCUCCAAUUAAUCCAUUACCACCUCCUCCUUUGCCUCCACCAAUUUUCCUCGAUGAUGAAAACUGCUACAAUAAAUUACCACCGAAAUUCCCGACUUGGACACCAACAAAUGAAGGUACGAAGGAAUCAACUAUAUGUAACAUAGAAGAAAAAAGUAUGAAUUCCUCUUGGACCAGUGAUAAUAGUGAUAAAGGGAAGAAUCAAUGGGAUGGUAACGAUCGAUGGGAUCCAAAUGAUCCCGAUUGGUCAAAUGGUAUGAGAGGCAAGGGACCAAUUCUCACAGAGACACCUGAGUCUCCACCGUUGUAUGAAAAAUCGAGCUUUAGAGAGCCCGUGCAAUACAACGAUCCGCAGACACAAGAGCCAAUAUUAAGUAGUGCUGCUGAUGUAGAUCAUCGAGUAAUCUCAAUUCCAAUGCCAACAGAUGCUCACCUUCCUCAUCGAUUGAUGAAAGGUGCUGAUGUUGAUCAUCGGAAUUUAAUUAGUCUAACCGGUAGUCCAGCAAAUAGUGCAGCUAAUUCUGAAUCCGUAGUACCAGUAUCUAAUAGUGAUGGUUUGUGGUCUAACACUGAUCAAGAUUACCGACAACAAGUUCAACCUGGAGAUAUUGUUGAGAGCGUUGACAUGGAAAUGUCAGACGAAGAGACAGAAGGGACUAAGCAGAAAAAUCGAGUUCUUGUCGAUGUAAGACCUCAAGAUCGUGAUUCACGACCUAUUCCUGCUCCUCCACAACCAAUACCACCACAUCACAUAGAUAUGGACAUGCGAAUGAUGCCAAUACCGAAUAAUCCUCUUAUACGUGGACAAAUGCCUCCAGAUAUGCAUAACGUUCAUCCAGGACCUAUUCCUGGUGCAUCGUUCCAUCAUUCCCAAGACUUUAAUGUUAAUCAACCUCCAGAUUUCAACCGGAAUCCGGAAGAAUUUAGUUCUAAUUUAAAUUGCCGGCCAAAUUUACCUCGUCCAGGCUUUAUGCCUAAUCAACAAUCAGAGUUUCCGCCAGACUUCCAACCUCAACAAGAUUUUCAUCAACCACGUCCAGAGAUGUAUGAUUUUCAAGAUACCUCACAUCAAAGACUGCCGGGCCAAGAAUAUCAUGAUGAUUCAUUAUUGCGUAACAGAUAUCCACCACCAGAACAUCUUCAUUCACAUCCACCACAUCACCGAGAUUCACCAAUGUUUUAUAGAAAUGAUCGAGGCGGAAGAGGGCGAGGUGCUUUCCGGAACCGUCGUGAUCGUUACUCUGAAGACCAUACUUUAUCUCAGCGCAAUUUACACAAUCGCAGAGGACGUCAAGAACAAGCAGAGAAUCUUGAUAACUUAAAUAAUCAAUUAUCUGCACUUCAGCCUCCAGAAACUGUAGUAAUAUUUGACGAUAAUGGAAUACCAAUAAUGCCGGAUAAUACUGAUUCUGUAGCACAUCCAGGAAAUAGUAUUGAAGAGCCAAAAGAGGAGCUUCGGCCUCCCGGACAUUCUAGUCCUGUGCCUGACGAAACAUCAACAGUAGAUGGACCAACUGAGAGUAAUGACGUGCCUCCAGGAGAUGUUGAAGAAAUUGCUAGUGAAGACAGAUCACAAGAAGGUUCAGUUGCACGAGCAGAUGAGCCUCCCAGAAAUCUUUCGGAGCAUUUAGAAGCUCUAAUGAAUUCCGGUAAAACAGGUGCGAAUGAAUUAAAAAGACAAUCAUCAAAUGGUAAUUUAAUUGACCAACAGGAUGAUGAAACGGUGGCGGCUAAAAAACGAGCACUUUUGCCUAAUGGUCCUCAAUCUUCUACAACAGGUACUAAUGGACCUCAUGGGGCGACGGAGUCACAACCUGGGAUGGUAUUUGAAUAUGAUGGGCAACACGGAAGUCCGAACUUUCGUGCAAGAUUACCCACAUUGACAUCACCAACAUCCGGAAAUCAAUUUGGAGCCUGGAGAGGUAACAGUCCACGCGGCAGGGGAGGUUUCAGAGGUUCACCCCGAGCACCUUGGAGUGACAGAGGACCACGAGGACCUCCUGCUGGCAAUUUUUUGCCACGAGGAAUGAAACGCGGAAGUCCAUUCCGUGGUGGUAGCGGUGGAUUUAGGGGCAGGGGUAGAGGGACAGGCAAUUGGUAAAAUGGUUGAUCAAGUGGAAUUAUUAAUUGAAAGCUUGAUAUAAGAAUAAGAUUGGUAAUUGAGAGGAUGUAUAAUCAUCGUUUCUAUUUUUCUUGUAAAUAAUGUAACAAUUUAUAAAAGGAUCAUCACUGCUCAUUAAAAAAAAAAAGAAAAAAUUAUAAUUUGCUCUACAGAGCUGGAUUGAUCCUUCUCAUUCAUGCGUACAAAUGUGUAUGUAUAUGCGUAAGAUUAAUAGGUAGAGUGAGGGGUUAUUUUAAAAAAAAAUGCGAGUUGUCUCAGUGAAUGAGCUCUCAAUCUCUCAAGGGAUUUAGUUGAUGAUACGGCAAAUUGUAUAACGUAAAUUCUAACGACAGACGUAAUAAGAGUUUGUAAUAUAAAAUAGAAGUAAUCAAAACGUACUAAUUAUGUCAAUAUCAUUAAUUUUCUUUUGUCUGAUCGUCUUGAGAAAAAAAACGAAUAAGAAGCGAGUGUAUUAAUGGAAUUAGUUAUUAUUAAUACUUCAGCUUUGACUUUAUAAGUAUUGAAAAGAUUAUAAAUUAACCUAAAACACUCGCUUAUCACCUCGUAUUUUAGGCCGUAUUAUCAAAAUGACAAAUUAUAAGCACAGACAUGUCAACAAAAAUUACUUUCAAAAAGUGUAAUAAUAAAAUACAAUAAUUAAGUUUUCUCCAGUUCGUGCACUUCCCCUUGCUUUUUCCGAAAUACGUUGGAGUAGGUGAAAGCAUCAUUUACAGUUACAUUUAAUAAAUAUAUUGAUAACAAUAUUACCUAUCGCUAUUGUUAAAUGCGGAAUUAUUAAUUACAUCAAUAAAUUGUCAAUACUACUGAAUGCUGGUAGCUAACAAUCAAAUUAUAGACCACAACGAUAACAUCAUUUACUGAUGUUAUCACCAGCAAUCAGUGUAAUAAAAAUUCUGUGUAAAAAAUUUUAUUCAUCAUAAAUUCAGAUGAGUUUCAUUUACCUAAGCGUUAUUAUUUGGGAUAAAUAAAUUUAUUCUUAUCGCCAAUUACAUAAAAAUUUUUAAGAUGAUUUAUUUAUAAAUCAAAAGAGCCUAUAAAUCCUUCAACAUUGUUAAAAAGAAGUUAGAUGAGAUAUUUAUUGACAUUCUAAGAUAAUUGGGUUAUUUAAUCCCAAAUAAUGACACUAAAAGGUAAUAAUGAUCUAAAUUUUUAUUGAAUUAAAAUUGUUUUAUAUAGAAUUUUCAAAUUUCAUCGAAUAUGCACUAGCGACACAGGUUUCCGUAUAUUUCUUUCUUGGCAAUAUCGUACGAAUCAAUAAAACUGUGCUUCCCCUUCAAAAGCUUUUAUAAAUGCUAUAGACUCAGUUCUUUAGGGCCAUGAAUCAAUUAAAACUGGCUGUGAUAAGAAUUUUAUUUGUAUUGAUAUCAUUAUUAGAGACCGGUCUCUGGAUAAAAUAUUAUUUGUAGUUAUUUUUAUUAAUUCUGGGGGAAGAACCCUUCUAUAUAAACAUGAUCAUUUUUAUUUUCAAUCAUCGUUUAUGCAAAAUUUAUUGUUAGUUUAAUGAUUCUAUUUAGUUGAAAGCAAAUUAAUAGUAUUCGGAGACAUGAUGAGAGAUAAUUCCAUUAAUGUGUCUCUUCAUUAAAUUUGAAUACCCAGCUAAUGAUGAAGCUCUAAAUGCUUCCUUCGUGAUUCGAAGUUAACAAAUGUUUCGGAGAUUUGUGUAAUUUCAAUAUAAUUUCUAGUCAGAGCGAAUCAUGGUUUUGUGAAUCAUUACUGAUCUCAAUCGAUAGAAAGCGUGAAUCGAAAUUACUGAACCACAUGAUAUAUAUUGGGCUUUUGUACAAUUCAACAGAAAGGCGCGUAAAGAAUCGCGCACGCGCGUGCUUUAAAUUCUUUCUACACUAGUUUUUUUCACUAUCUAUUCAUGUAAAUAAAUAUUUCCUGUCUUUCGAAAAAAAGUUAAUUCUAUUGAAAGAACAAAGAUUAUGAAAUAUAUAAAAGUUUUUAUAUGGAGAAAUAAAAAUGUAUAUUGCGUUAAUUGACGCACAAAAAAUUUGUAAAAACCGUACUCUGUAGCGCACUAAUUGCAUACUGUGUAUGCGGAUAAAAAUUUUGUACAUUGAUUAAUAAAUUUUAUUAUAAUAG